UGGAAUCAUACAAUAGGUGGCCUUUGUGUCUGGCUUCUUCACUCAGUAUCACGUCUUCAGGGGCCACCCAUGUUGUAGCACAUGUCAGUACUUCAUUCCUUUUUACAGCUGAAUAAUGUACCAUUUCAUGGAUACACCAUAUUUUAUUUACCCAUUCAUCCGUUGAUGGGUAUUUAUAUGUUUUCCAUUUUUUGGUUAUUGUGAAUAAUGCCGCUAUGAACACUCACAUGUAAAUUUUCAUGUGGACACAAUGUUGAUUCUUUUGGGUUUUGCAUUAAUUUUGAUGUUUUAAUAUAUUGCAUACAAAUACCAUUUUUCUUGAUUACAGAGUUUUGGCACCCCCUUAAAAUUUGCACCUAGGUCAAAUGCCUGACUGGCCUCACCCUGUUCCCACCAGCAAGUCUUGGCCCUGGCUAGCUGUGUGACGGCGGGCAAGCUGCUUACCCUCGGAGCCUCAGUUUCCCUUUCUGUGAAAUGGGGAUAUUCCCCAGACCUACUGACAGCUGUUAGGGAAACAAUGUGGUAACAUCCAGAACAGCAUACAGUAGACUUAAGUCAACAUGUUGUUUCUAUGGGGAGGCCUGGUGUUGGGUGUUGGGUCCCAAAAUGGAUGUCACCGAGCCCUGCCCUUGAGAAUUGUGCACCCACCUCCCUAGAACUCCCCUGUGCUUCUGUUUCUAAGCUCUUCUGCCUCUGCCUGACCCUCUUCAAGGUCCCUGGGGGUGGAACCCAACGCUGCUCAUGCAAAGGCCUCCUAGGCUCCCAGCACCUUCCACCCCAGCUGCCCUGGGCCCCCCACUGCUGCCUCCCCCACCCUCUGUGUGGCUCACUCCCAUUGAAGGCUGUGGCUCCCUGUCCCUCUGCGCUGCCAUGAGGCCUGCGCUUUGCAGGGCUGAAGUCCAAAGUUCAGUCCCUUUGCUAAGCACACGGAUAAAUAUGAACCUUGGAGAAUUUCCCCAGCUCCAAUGUAAACAGAGCGGGCAGGGGCCCUGAUUCAGUGGCCGCUGGGGCCAGGGUUGGGGGUUGGGGGUGCCCAUAGGGCUUGGCUAGUGGGGUUUGGGGGAGCAGUGGGUGCAAGGGGCCUGAUUUGUGCCCGCCUGCUGGCCAGCUGGCAAGUAGACAGCCCACGCGGCAGGGGAGGUGGCCAAUUUUGUGGCCACGGGCCGCGUGGCCCACUGAUACUGGAGCCAUGGUUUCUAAACUGAGCCAGCUGCAGACGGAGCUCCUGGCGGCCCUGCUCGAGUCGGGCCUGAGCAAAGAGGCGCUGAUCCAGGCCUUGGGUGAGCCGGGGCCCUACCUGCUGGCUGGAGAUGGCCCCCUGGACAAGGGGGAGUCCUGUGGCAGCGGUCGAGGGGAGCUGGCCGAGCUGCCCAAUGGGCUUGGGGAGACGAGGUGCUCGGAGGACGAGACCGACGACGAUGGGGAAGACUUCACGCCGCCCAUCCUCAAAGAGCUCGAGAACCUCAGCCCUGAGGAGGCAGCCCACCAGAAAGCCGUGGUGGAGAGCCUGCUGCAGGAGGACCCGUGGCGCGUGGCGAAGAUGGUCAAGUCCUACCUGCAGCAGCACAAUAUCCCGCAGCGGGAGGUGGUCGACACCACCGGCCUCAACCAGUCCCACCUGUCCCAGCACCUCAACAAGGGCACCCCCAUGAAGACACAGAAGCGAGCCGCCCUGUACACCUGGUACGUCCGCAAGCAGCGAGAGGUGGCCCAGCAGUUCACCCAUGCAGGGCAGGGUGGGCUGAUCGAAGAGCCCACAGGCGAUGAGCUGCCAACCAAGAAGGGGCGGAGGAACCGUUUUAAGUGGGGCCCAGCAUCCCAGCAGAUCCUGUUCCAGGCCUACGAGAGGCAGAAGAACCCCAGCAAGGAGGAGCGAGAGGCACUGGUGGAGGAAUGCAAUAGGGCAGAGUGCAUCCAGAGGGGGGUGUCACCAUCACAAGCACAGGGACUGGGCUCCAACCUUGUCACAGAGGUGCGUGUCUACAACUGGUUUGCCAAUCGGCGCAAGGAGGAAGCCUUUCGGCACAAGCUGGCCAUGGACACAUACAGUGGGCCACCACCGGGGCCAGGCCCAGGCCCUGCGCUGUCUGCUCACAGUUCUCCUGGUCUGCCCCCACCUGCCCUCUCCCCCAGUAAGGUCCAUGGUGUGCGCUAUGGGCAGCCUGCAACCAGUGAGGCGGUAGAAGUGUCCUCGAGCAGCAGUGGCCCCUUGGUGACAGUGUCUGCACCCUUGCACCAAGUUUCCCCCACGGGUCUGGAGCCCAGUCACAGCCUGCUCAGCACCGAAGCCAAGCUGGUCUCGGCAACUGGAGGUCCCCUGCCUCCUGUCAGCACCCUGACAGCACUGCACAGCUUGGAACAGACAUCCCCAGGCCUCAGCCAGCAACCCCAGAACCUCAUCAUGGCCUCCCUUCCUGGGGUCAUGGCCAUUGGGCCUGGUGAGCCUGCCUCCCUGGGCCCCACGUUCACCAACACAGGUGCCUCCACCCUGGUCAUUGGCUUGGCCUCCAGUCAGGCGCAGAGCGUGCCAGUCAUCAACACCAUGGGCAGCAGCCUGACCACCCUGCAGCCGGUCCAAUUCUCUCAGCCGCUGCCCCCUUCCUACCAGCAGCCACUCAUGUCCCCCAUGCAGAGCCACGUGGGCCAGAGCCCCUUCAUGGCUACCAUGGCCCAGCUGCAGAGCCCACAUGCCCUUUACAGCCACAAGCCUGAGGUGGCCCAGUACACGCACACAGGCCUGCUGCCACAGACCAUGCUCAUCACCGACACUACCAACCUGAGCGCCCUCGCCAGCCUCACACCCACCAAACAGGUCUUCACCUCAGAUACUGAGGCCUCCAGCGAGUCUGGACUUCAUACGCCAGUGUCUCAGGCCACCACCAUCCACAUCCCCAACCAGGACCCUGCUGGCAUCCAGCAUCUGCAGCCUGCCCACCGGCUCAGUGCCAGCCCUACCGUGCCUUCCAGCAGUUUGGUGGUGUACCAGAGCUCCGAUUCCAACCACAACCACAGCCACCUGCUGCCACCCAACCACAGCGUCAUCGAGACCUUCAUCUCCACGCAGAUGGCCUCUUCCUCCCAGUAACCUUGGCAACUGCCUCCCAGGGGCCAGGCCAUGGAACCUGGAUGUCUGCUUGGUGGGUGACGAGAACACCUGAGCCUGCAAGAGUUUUACUGCCAUGGGGCUGCCGCCCUUGGAGAACCCCAUCAGUCCCCACCUGGCUCUGCCAGCACCACAAAGGGAGGCAUCUGAGCCCCAACCUGGGGAAGGUUGCUUCCAUGCACAAGAGGGGCCUGUGCAGAACUAGGAAGCAAAGCCUGCUCCUGGCAGGACAUAGGAUGGAGUGUCCCUGCUGCUCAGGGUGAAUCUUGUCACUUGGAACAGAAACGGACAGCCUUUGGACUCUGGUGCCCCAGCCUGGGCCCGUGGAGAGCCCUGGGACCCUGAAGGGUACUCUGGCAGCCACUUCUUAGGACACAAGCCUGUGUAGCUGUGACUUGCUGAGCUCUCAGAAAAGCCCUAGCUCAAUGUGGCCUCAUACAGUCACCUAUGCCCUGACUAGGCCACUCUACACUGUCCCCCUUCCAGCUACUGACCCACAUGUCACCCUCUCACAUAGCAUUCCCUGAGCGGCUACUCUGGGUCAGGGCCCGGGGGAAGCUCAAGCUAACAGCAAAGGCAUGCAGAGCUUUCCAGCUUCCCUUAUCCUGAGCCCUCCCUCUCCCUGGCCAUGACCUAGUUUCCUUGGACUUUUGUUCCCCCAAGCAUCACGCCUUCUGACGCCAGCCUGACAUCUUGCCUCUACUGGAAAGCCCCUUGGUGGGGAAAGUUGUCCCUGCUCCUGCGGGAGCCUUGAGACUCUGCACCUGCUGCUAAACUGAGGCUGUGGGACAGCAGUACCUUUGGCCUCUGGGGCCCUGCAGACAAUCCCCAUUUCAGAGAAGCUGCCAAGCCCAAAAGGCAGCAAGGCCUGAGCCGCUGGCAGAACAGAGGUGCUGAGGGGGAGGAGAGAGGUGAGAGCAAGGGAGAGGAGCCACCUGUGCAGACAGGACUGAUGGCUGGAAGCUUAGGAGCCCACCUGGCUGAGGGAGGGGGAACGCUCCAGGGGGUCACAGCCGCCCUGAGAAGCCUGUGGCUCUGAGCACCAUGGGGAAGGACAGGCAGCUGCGGACAUCUAGGGUUCCCGUGACCUCAUCUCCUUCUGGCUGCUGCAGGUAACCGCUCAUGGACUGCCUCCAUCCUGGGCCUGGGGAAGAGGCCGGGAGAACCAGCACCCCUUGCAGCUUGCAGCCAGCUAAGGGCAAGCCUGUAUGUGUAUUUAACUUUUAGUAAAGUAAAUGAGGAACAUAUCACAGACUUCUUGCUUGUCCACACAUUGCCCAGAUGGGGCUGGGCAGGCAGAGGGAGGUGCAGGUGGGUCCAUCACACGCACACUCUCACCCUGCCUGUCUUUCUCGCUCUGCUGAAUGAAAGGCAGGGUGACGAAACCGGAAGUUCAUCUUAACCUUGAGCUUCCACUCUUGCCUUAGAGCUAGCUUGCAGGAACACAUCGCGGGAUGUACGCAGGAGGAUGUGACGCUUAUUUAGGAUGAAUCAAAAUUCAGCACUGACAGAAAGGGAGCACCCAAGUCACUGUUUCAUUUUGGUUUUCUCGACAAUUUAUUUUUGAUAAUCUGG